AUGCCUGAAAUCUCCUGCACAAUAUUCAGUCGCCAAACUAAAGCAAUUCAUGAUCUCGGUCACUCCAGUUUUUUUCUUUUUACCAUUGGGAAGGGGACGUUGGAAGGCGGUCAUGUGGUUGCUGUGAAGAGACUGAGCAAGGAUUCAGGGCAGGGAGGAAAUCUGUGCUGGACUGGCCGACGAGGCUGGGGAUCAUCAAGGUUGGUAGCGAGGGGGCUGCUCUACCUCCACCAGGACUCGAGGCUGACGGUGAUACACAGGGACCUCAAGGCCAGCAACGUCCUUUUAGACGCCGAGAUGCGGCCCAAGAUCGCCGACUUCGGCAUGGCCAAGAUCUUCGGCGACAACCAGGUCAAAGCCAACAGCAAGCGCGUCGUUGGAACAUACGGCUACAUUGCCCCCGAGUACUCGACGGAGGGUGUCUUCUCAGUUAAGUCCGACGUGUACAGCUUCGGCGUGCUGCUGCUGGAGAUCGUGAGCGGCGUUAGGAUAAGCGCAACCAAGGGCAUCAUGGAGUUCCCUAGCUUGAUAGUCUAUGCAUGGCACCUGUGGAGGGAAGGGAAGGCAGUCAAGCUGGUGGAUCCAUCCAUGGCAGAGAGCUGUUCGCAGGAUGAGGCAUUGCUCUGCAUCCACGUCGGCCUCCUGUGCGUGGAGGACGACCCGAGCAGGAGGCCCCUCAUGUCGUCCGUUGUGUCCAUCUUGGAGAACGGAAGCGCGUCGGUGGUGGCAUCGGCGUCUCUCCCGGCGCCGAACCAGCCAGGGUACGUCGGAAUGAUGGAAGAGAAGAUCCAGAGAACCGAUCUCGAGAACAGCAGGAACACCAUUGCCAUGACCGUUCUGCAAGGCCGGAAACCCCAGAUUUGUAGAGUAUUUGUUACAUAUACAAAUGGAAUUAGAAACAUUCAUAGAACUUCUGCAUUUGACAUUCAGAGGUUCAGAGAAACCAAGGAGUUAAGCAGAAGAACAGAGAUGCCUUGA